AUGGGUAAGUUAUUAAUACUCGAUUUUAAAAUAGAUCAAUAUAGUACCAAGGCUACAUGGGACCUACACGCCAUACUGGCCGGUGGUAUAGACAUCGACUUGUCUAAACUGAUCCCUGGCUUUGAUAAGGACGGCUGUCACGACACUCCCUGUCCCGUCAAAACAGGAGAGACUAAGAAGUUCUCAUAUAAUCUAACUAUACCUGAGACCACCCCUACCAUCGAGGCUGAUAUCAAAGCCCGGCUUAUUGGCGACUCCGGUGACAUAUUCUGCGGUUCAGUUCACGGACAUAUUGUCAAAUAA